CAGUCAGGAGGAAUUUGGGGGACUAAUGCCACUCUCAGGAGGAGGAAUUUUGUGUGAUUCUGGUAAACAGCUGACCGCUCACUUUGCGAGCUCGGCCCUCCUCCUCUUCCCUCUCCUCUCUUUCCUUCCCUCCUUUUGGUUUGUGCCGUUUGUCUCCGCAUUGAACUAACAAUCCACACGCCGCUCUGAUAAUCCACCGGUCGACCAUGCCUUUGGUGAACGUGUUUGGGUCGAAGGGGAGGCUGGUGCUGAGCGCUCUCCUUGUUUGUGCUGUAAUCUUCGAGUUAGCUUAUUGUCAAAAGGAUGCCCCAAAACAGAGGCCCACAGCGGGGAGGAAGACCAAGCCGAGCAAACCCAAACCGGAGAAGUCAACAAAUGAAGGGUCCAAAGCUGGAACAGCCAAACCCAAGAUCAAAUCUACGGCUGCAGCCCACGCUCAGGCCUCCCUCACACAGGUGCUGAACAGGGGGAAGUUUAAGAAAGUGGGAGAAACCAUAAGCGUGCAGACAGGAGACACCCUGGAGCUGAGGUGCAGGGGCAAACCUGUGAAGUGGAGCGUCCCCUCAUACCUGGAGGAGGACGACGAUGGAAGGCUCAGGACUGUCCAGCAUGAGCGAUACGGCGUUCUGACGUUAGUCAACAGCACUGGAGCAGACACAGGCGAGUACGCCUGUUACCCAAUGUACUGCGAAGACACAGACUGCAGGAAGGAGUACGACAAAGCUGUAAAGGUCUUCGUCUUCUUUCCCGACCCACAAGAACUUUUUGUUCCAUCGGCUGACUACUAUGAGGUGAUUCAGCUGAGAACCAACUGGCCGACGGUCCUCCCCUGCCAGGUGACGUCACCUGGGGCCAAAGUAACCCUGCACCGCGAGUUUCCACCGGUGGAGGUGGCGGUGGACGGAACGGAGAUCUCCUUCAAUGUCAAGAAGGGCUUCACCAUCCACCGACCCCGGCCUCAUCACGCCGGAGCCUUGUACUGUGUAGCCAGUCUGGGCAACCUGAGGCAGAGCUCCACCAAGUACAUGCUCAUCUACGUCAACUACCCCAUGGCUCCCCCUGCCCCAGUGAUCCAGGCCUCGUCGGGUUCGGUGGUUGUCGGGGAGAACCUGCGUGUCGGCUGCACUGUGAUGGGAGAACAGGACGUGGCGGUGGAGUUUACCUGGGAAUACCCAGGACAGCAGAUCGGGAGGCCUCUGUACACGCAGGAGAGCGUCAGUCCAGUCGGCGGAGGAGCGGCUCGACAGCAGUCUCAGUCCGUCCUGCUGGUGGACGAAGUGAGGAGCGUGGACCAGGGGACGUACACCUGCACCGCCCAGAACCUGCAAGGGGCCAAAUCGGUGUCCGCCACAGUAAAAGUGGUCCCCAAGGCAAAACCUAAGAAACCCUGACCCACCACGGCUGCAGGACAACACUGAGAGAGAGUUUGAGACAGAGGGAGGAACAGCAGAUAUAACGAUUAAACAUACUGCGACAUUACAGAGAUUUAUUUUUUGUUUAGAUGAAUUGAUGUGGUUCUCCAAGCUAGCAAAAAUGCUAUUAUUAAAAUCAUUUUCGAGUAUUAAAUAUUUUAUAUACACA